AUGGCGAGAGGGGCCGGCCGGUCGUCGGGCUGCUGCAUCGCUGGGCUCGCCGCGGCAUGGCUCUUGCUGGGCGCCUGGCGCUCCACCGGCGCGGAGCUCACUUGCCGCUCUCGCCCGGCGGCGCCUUCGUCUCCGGCGUCUCCGCGGGGGCAGCUGCUGCAGCCGCCCUCGCCGCUGGAGGUGCCUCGGGAGGAGCCCCCCAGCGGAGGACGGGGCGCGCGGGGCUCGGGGAGGGGGACGGCAGGGGACGCUGCUGCUGCUGCUGCCGCCGCCGGCGUCCGGCAGGGGCCCGGGAGGGCGCGUCGGAGCCCCGCGCCCGGCCAACUGGGGGGUCGGGCGCGGGGGGGCGUCGGCGGCGCGCUCGCGCUGGGCCACGCGGAGGGGCGGCCGUGGCCCGGAGAUUGCGGGGCUGGGGCGGGCGACCCCGCCGGCCGCCCUCGAGCGCCCCGGGCGAAGAGGAGCGGCGCGCCCCGGCGGCCUUGGGCCUCCCUCGCGGACGGCCCGCAAGCGACCCGGGCGCAAGGCCGAGGCGCCAAGGAGGACGGGCGGCCGGGCAGGCUGCGGGCGGCGGGCGAGGAGCUGAAGCUGACCGGCACGACCUUUGCCCUCGCCGGCGACGCGGCCCACAACCAAGCCAUGGUGCACUGGUCCGGCCACAACAGCAGCGUGAUUCUCAUUCUUACCAAGCUGUAUGACUUCAACUUGGGAAGUGUUACUGAAAGCUCACUGUGGAGAUCGACAGAUUAUGGUACCACUUAUGAAAAGCUAAAUGACAAGGUGGGAUUGAAGACAGUGCUGAGUUACCUCUAUGUCAGUCCUACAAAUAAGAGGAAGAUCAUGCUCCUGAGUGACCCUGACAUUGAAAGUAGCAUACUGAUCAGUAACGAUGAAGGUGCCACCUAUCAAAAAUAUCGACUCAGCUUCUACAUCCAAAGUCUGCUCUUCCAUCCUAAGCAAGAGGACUGGAUUCUGGCCUACAGCAUUGACCAAAAGCUCUAUAGCUCUAUGGAUUUUGGAAGAAGAUGGCAGAUCAUGCAUGAACGGAUCACACCAAAUCGGUUUUACUGGUCUGUCUCAGGUCUGGAUAAGGAGCCUGACCUUGUACACAUGGAGGCUCGGACAACAGAUGGACAUGCCCACUAUAUUACCUGUAGGAUUCAAGAAUGUUCAGAGACUACCAGGAGUGGACCCUUUCUACAUUCUAUUGACACAAGUUCACUUGUCGUCCAAGAUGAAUACAUCUUCAUCCAGGUGACAUCUGGUGGAAGAGCUAAUUAUUAUGUGUCCUACAAAAGGGAGCCCUUCACUCAGAUAAAAUUACCCAAAUACUCACUACCAAAGGACAUGCACAUUAUCAGCACUGAUGAGAAUCAGGUGUUUGCUGCCGUUCAGGAAUGGAAUCAGAAUGACACAUACAACCUUUACAUCUCUGACACUCGUGGGAUCUACUUCACCCUGGCCUUGGAGAACGUUAAACGCAGCCAAGGACUAGAGGGGAAUAUCAUUAUUGACCUUUAUGAGGUAGCAGGGAUCAAAGGCAUAUUCCUAGCAAACAAGAAAGUGGAGAACCAAAUUAAGACUUUCAUCACCUACAACAAAGGGAGAGACUGGCGUUUGCUGCAGGCUCCAGAUUCUGAUUUCAGAGGAGACCCCCUACACUGUCUGCUGCCUUUCUGUUCCUUGCACUUGAACUUACAAAUUUCAGAAAAUCCUUAUACUUCAGUCAGCAUCUCAAGCAAAGAGACAGUUCCAGGACUUUUAAUUGCUACAGGCAAUGUGGGUCCAGAAUUAUCAUCCACAGAGAUUGGCAUGUUUAUUUCUUCAGAUGGUGGAAAUUCUUGGAGACAGAUCUUUGAGGAAGAAUACAAUGUAUGGUUCCUUGACUGGGGUGGAGCACUUGUAGCUAUGAAACAUACAUCAAUGCCCAUUCGCCAUUUGUGGGUGAGUUUUGAUGAAGGAAGAACCUGGAAUAAAUAUGGCUUCACAUCAGCACCGCUCUUUGUGGAUGGGUCCCUAGUGGAACCAGGCAUAGAAACACAGAUAAUGACAAUCUUUGGCCAUUUCAGUCUCCGCUCAGAGUGGCAACUAGUAAAAGUGGACUACAAAUCCAUCUUUAACCGAAGGUGCACCAAAGAUGACUUCCAGACAUGGCACUUACACAACCAGGGUGAACCUUGUGUUAUGGGAGAGAGGAAGAUCUAUAAAAAACGUAAGGCAGGGGCAUGGUGUGCACUGAAUAGAGACUAUUCGAGAACAGUCAUCUGUGAACCUUGCAUCUGCGCCGAAUGGGACUUUGAAUGUGACUAUGGCUAUGAAAGACACAGUAAUAAUCAAUGUAUCCCAGCAUUCUGGUUCAACCCAUCAUCCCAGAUGAAAGAUUGCAGCCUUGGACAGAGCUACCUGAACAGCACUGGGUAUCGGCAGAUCGUUUCUAAUAACUGCACGGAUGGGCUAAGGGAAAAAUAUGCAGCCAAGCCUGAACAGUGCCCAGGCAAAGCUCCCAGGGGUCUGCAUAUCCUCACAUCCAAUGGCAAGCUGGUAGCAGAACAAGGAUACAACACUACCUUUAUAAUCCUCAUGGAAGAGGGUGAUUUUCAGAGGACAAACAUUCAGCUAGAUUUUGGAGAUGGUACUGCUGUGUCCUAUGCUAAUUUCAGCCCCAUAGAGGAUGGCAUCCGACAUAUCUAUAAGAGCACAGGAAUAUUCCAAGUGACAGCAUAUGCCGAAAACAACCUGGGUUCUGAUCUGGCAUCCCUUUUCCUGCAUGUGGUCUGUCCUGUGGAACGUGUCCAUUUGAGUGUCCCCUUUGUGGCUAUCAGGAAUAAGGAAGUCAAUCUCACUGCUGUGGUUUGGCCGAGUCAGUCGGGUACCCUUACAUACUUCUGGUGGUUUGGCAACAACACAAAGCCAUUCAUCACCUUGGACAGCAGCAUCUCUUAUACUUUUACUACUGAAGGGAUGAAUACCGUCACUGUGCAGGUCUCAGCUGGUAGCAUGCUCAUCCAGGACACCAAGGAUAUCGCUGUACAUGAAUAUUUCCAGUCUCAGUUAUUAUCAUUCUCUCCUAAUUUGGAUUAUCACAACCCUGACAUCCCUGAAUGGAGAGAGGACAUUGGCAGAGUCAUCAAGAGAGCUCUAGUGCAGGUGACUGGUAUCCCUGAAGAACAAGUUCUGGUGGCAGUAUUCCCUGGCUUGCCCACCGCGGCUGAGCUGUUCAUCCUGCCUCAUCAAAACAUGUCAGAGAGAAGGAAAGGUAGUGAAGGCGACCUGGAACAGGCUGUUGAAAUCCUCUUCAAUGCUUUGAACCAGAACCUGGUACAGUUUGAAUUGAAGCCUGGUGUGGAAGUAAUUGUGUAUGUCACCCAACUAACGUUAGCGCCUCUCGUCGACUCCGGAGCUGGGCACAGCAGUUCAGCAAUGUUGAUGUUGUUGUCAGUGGUCUUCGUGGGCUUGGCUGUUUUUUUAAUCUACAAAUUUAAAAGGAAAAUCCCAUGGAUUAACUUCUAUGCUCAGGUCCAGCAUGACAAGGAACAGGAAAUGAUUGGUUCUGUCAGUCAAAGUGAAAACGCUCCCAAAAUCACCCUGAGUGAAUUCACCGACCCUGAAGAACUCAUGGAUAAAGAGCUUGACACGCGAGUUAUAGGAAGCAUCUCGACGAUCUCCAACAGCGAAAGCACAAAGGAAAUCCCUAACUGCACUAGCGUUUAAUACCAGGAACCCACUUUGACAACUGCAUUUCUGAGUUUUUUAUUUUUAAUUAAUAUUAUUCUU